AUGUUUUCCAACGCCAAAAGCCUCAUUGCUCCCAUUGCCCUUUUGGCACUGGCUCAGCACUGCCCUGCGCCCUUCCUCGCCGCCAUUCCCGCUGCUACCGCUGCAGGCAUUGGCGCUGCCAGUGCAGCUGUUUCCGCAGCUGGCACUGUCGCCGGCACCGUCGUGACUGCGAUUAACGGCAAGAGGGCCCGCGAUGGCACCCAGGUCAUCCACGCCCGCGACAACUGGGCUGGACUUCACAGCUACGUCUCCAAGCGCCAGGAUGAGGAAUUCGGCACUGGAACCGCGUGGCAAGACUGCGCCGAUCAGCUCAAGGGAGCUGACGUGACUUUCGAGGGAACCGGUCCUGGUGGUAAGUCCGAUUCGCUCUACUACUGCAACUUGUCUGUGCACUAA